AUGUCUCGCGAACUAGUUACCGUGGAUGAAGUGUAUCCAACAGCAGUCGGCACAUUUGAUGUGAUAGUUAAGAAGUCUAGCCAAAAAGAAUACUCAGAUGAGUUCGGCAAGGAACUCUUUUCAAGCAAGAAAGACGACAAGUCCACACUCUACUCGCAAUUGGCGUUUUACGGAGAGGUGGCUGUUGGUGCCGUUAAGGCAAGAAUUCAGGACAUGAGAGGUCACUCUGCUGUCGUCAUAGAUACUCUUGCCGUCCUGGAGGCAUAUCGCGGUAAAGGAGUGGGCACUAAACUCUUGGACUACGUUGAAAAGGAGACCAAACCGUUUCAGCCACGGGCAAUAUAUGUUACCGUUGCUGCAAGUGCAACUGGCGAGUUGCAGUGGUAUCAGUCUCAUGGAUUUGAGCUUUUGGGGGAUAAAAGUGGGUCUUGUGAAAAUGGCUCACAGGCGGAAAGGAAUCUAGUGAAAUGGUUGGUAUGA